AUGGUGCCGGUAGAUGAGCUGGUGUUCAAGCUGAUAGCCUUGAGGGACUUCAUUGCUGUGGUGCUUCUUACGAUAUGGACCUCUGGCCUCUACGACCUCACCGAGGUGCGGUUGAAAGGUUACACGGGUGCCCGCUUCGACAAAGCCUAUCACACGCCCUCCUCGGCUAGCCGUAGUGGCUUUGCUGAAGUGCAAACCACACUCUUUCGCGAUAUGGCUGGGCAUCAAAUGCUCCUCUUGGACAAGCAUCAACCGAGGGACCUCCAUGCGAUCCGCUUGCGACCCGUGGGGAGAUCACUGCUGGAAUUUUAUCCUACUUUCCGCUUUGUUUUGUCCGCACUGGUCAGCCAAGCUGGUGUGGGGGCCGCGGGAAACUUAGUGCGAUUGCAAGGCUUCUUGGAGGCUUACGAGAAUGGGGCACGUCUUGUAACCCUGGCACACCCCGUCGUUGCUAAGUUUCCGGUCAAGGUCUCGAGAGUCGGGUGGUGGAUGGGCCUCUACGGAGGCCGGUGUCCGAAGCGGCAGUACGCGUUCUCCAACUCCCACCACGUCAGGCGGCUAGAUUUGGGAGUGCUUAAAAAAACCCACCGAAAGCGUAUCAAGGACAAGGGGAAAUUCUCCACAGUAUCAAGGCGGGCUCGGAAGGAUGGCACUGUUGCUUAUACCGGCACAAAAGACUUGAAGUCGACAGAGAUCUAUCCACUGCCCUUUGCUGAUGCGGUGGCGGACAUAUUCCAGGACUUGAAGUGCUCGGGUAAGGGUUGCCCGACAGCCCCACAAACCGUUCCUGGAUCUGGCCUCCAAGCUUUCAGUUCAGCAGAGACACCAGCAGAUGUACAGCGGCUUUUUCGGCAGGCAGACCUUGAGUCUGUCUACGAUUACUUGCGAGGGGGAACCCAUCUAGAGAUGCCUCCAGAAUGGAGGUCCCAGCUCCCCGUUAGAGCCAGAAAGGUUUCCCGAAAGAGAAAUUUCAAUUAG